UUUUCUAAAUUGUUUUCCUUCAAGAAAAUUGUCGGUGUUGCACGUUGUCUAUAGAUUAUAGAUAGAUCUAGUUGCCUAUAAUCAGUGAUUCUUUUUAUUAAAUUGCGAGUGAUUAGUUACUGGAUAAUUUGAGAAGUAGUUUUUGCAUCGAGUUGUAGAUUUAUUAUGUUUUUUGGUAUAUGAAUUAGAAUUUAGUUGGAUUAAAAGUGAUAUGCUAAAGAUCAAGUGCUCUUUGUUCUUGAUCGUACGAUAAAGAUUGAUUUAUUUAACGGUUGAGUGUUAAGUGGCGACGUGAAUGUCGGGAAUGAACGUACGAGCCUUUCCAGUUGCUUGAUCUUCGGUGAUCCGCGGCCGUUCCGCGGGACAUGGAAACAGCGACACCGUUAAAUUCACGUGAGAACCGUCGCGAGAGGGUGAUGAUGUAACGGGACUUUCGCUGUCGCUGCUGCAGUGAAGCAACGAUGUCCACACAAUGCAACCGCUUCGUGCAGAACGCCUGGAAGAAGGAGCUCUGCUCGAACUGCUUCAAGCCGCGGGAGGAGCACGCGCCGCCCGAGGAGACGCUCAAGCUGAACAUCGGCAGGGCUCUCCAUUUCGUCAAGACUGAUAGCGUUAAGAUACAGGGUAUCCUCCGAGGGAAGGCGACCGGUCAGAAGGAUCAGAAGAAGAAGACGGUCGCGUUCCCGGAAUGCCUGACGGAGAUAAUCGGCUACGGGGGCGACGACUUCCUCUCGGACGCCGACGAGGACGACGAGCAGGACUACGGCGAGUCGUUCGGCGCGGACGACGAUCCCCCGCCGGACAGCGAGGAGGAACGGGCGCUGGGCAACCUGACGCGCGCGAACACGAACUUCAACACGAUCACGGCGAAGCUGACCGCGGUGGUCGCCGCGAACGAGGCGAGCAAGUCGACGUCGUCGACGAGGUCGUUCGCCUCGCUGAUGCUCGGCAGGAUACAAAAGGACUCGGAGGGCAAGAAGACCACUCUGCUCGUCUCGGUGACGCCGUUCGGCGGCGACGAGACACUGCCCACCGCGAGGAGGCCCGCGGACAGGAAGAUCAAUGGAUUCGUCAACGGAUCGUCGAGCCCGGCCAAGCACAAGAUCAACGAGAACGGUGAUAAAUCGGAGACGACGCUGAAAGCCGCGAAGAAGCCGGAAGCGGACGCGAAGAAGGACGACAGGAAGGACCAGAAGUAUUCCUCGAUGGAGAAGAUCGUCGACCUGCCGCUGAUCACGUCCAACAAUUUCAUCCCCGUGAUGCAGCGGAACGACGAGGACACGAAGGAGAAAUCGUCCGCGGACGCCGGCAAGCCGGACAAGAAGGCCGGAAGCAUCGCUCGCAGUCCGGCGAUCAAGAAGCCGGACGCCGAGAAGCCGAAGAUCCCCGCGCAGAGCCACGGGUCCAAAACGGAGUACUGCAGAUCAAAGAGCGACUCGUCGGACAAGGGUAUCGAGUUAACGUUGACGCCGCUGACGAGGAGCGACGCCGAGGAGGCGGCCGAGAGCGACAGGUCCAUGCUGCGUGGAAAAGAGCCGGCUAAGAUCGUCGUGUCCACGGGCAACGAGGACUCUUCUAUGGAGCCCCGUAAAUUCGAGGAGGAGCCGAAGAAAUUCAGCUGCGAGGAGAGCCGCGAGCUGGCCGGGGAGCCGGACGGCAAAGCGGACGAGGAGGAAAUGACGGAGCCACCGGCGCUUCCGAGAAGCCCGCCGCCGCUGAUCGAGGCCAGGCCGAUCCUCCAAGCCGACAAGCCGAUCAUCGUCACCGAGCCCAGGCCGUCGUUCCUCCACGGCGCCGUGAACGCGGAGCUGAAGGUGAAGCCUGUUGUUCCGCAGAAACCGAUCAACUUCGCGAAGAAUCCACCUGCCGACGCGAAGAACCACGCGAAGAUGCAAGGAGGAAGAAGUGCGACAGGUGCGAGUGGCCCGCAGCCCCAGGAGCAGACGAGCGGUCCCCAUCCGGCCAGCAAAGACAAGAGCGACGAGCCUAUCGCUGACCAGCUCAUCCCCUCGAACGAAAUCAUCCCCAAAGAUCACGCUCGCCUGCCGAACACUCUCCACACUCAAGACUUCGAAUCCUCGAAACCUCCCGAAUCUGCGCCUAAAACGCCAGGCAACUCGAAACCGGCGCCACCGUGCGUAGCCAGGAGUCCGGAAGUCCUAGACGAAGACCUGGACGAAGAAGAAGGUUCAGAAUCUCAGGUGACAGCCGCAGAGUCGACGCGUUCGAACAAAAGAAGAAUGGCGCCGAAGCCUCCGGCCGACUCGGUGGAAGAGUUAGCGCCGAGUUCCUCGCUGUUCGCCAGGAACCCGAUCGUGACCUUCAAGUCGGACUCGCCGGUGGUCAGGGAGAAGGAGAAGCGGGAGAGAGCCUCCUCCUGCAGCCCCAAGUUCAGGAAAGCUGUCUCGGAUUUGCCUGAUCCCACCAACGCGCAGAACUCGGAUCCUGCUUCCAGGAGGACGAUAUCCCUGUCGCAGGAUAGCCUGACCAGCGGGCAGGAAGUGAGGGAGGAGAAGAAGAGGGGGAGGUCUAGGUUCUCGUUGAAGAGGUUCUUGAGGAUGGGCUCCAGGAAGGAUGUGGACAUGGUCGGAGGACACGCGUCCGGCUCGAGGAUCGACGAGAUCCCGUCCACGCCGCAGCCGAAGCCUAGGCUCGAGAUCAUCCAUCCGCUGGAGCUGGACGGCGCGGCCGUCGAAGUAGUCGGCAACGACCGGAUCAGCAGGAUAAGCGAAGAUCAACCCGAUUCCUGCGGAAACAGGAACGAGGCGAGGACCACCAGGUCGCCGUUGUCCUCUGGAGCUUCUCAAGCUGCCGUGAGACCGGGCAAACCGCCGCCGCCGCCGCGCAACCAGUCCCUGGAGGAUUGGUCCAGACUGGAUCCAGCGAGCAAACCGGUCCGACCGCCGCCGCCGCGCGUCGAGACGAAGCAGCUUCCGUCGAGGAGCGACAAGUCCUCCGCGAAAUCGUCGUCCCCGUCGUCCGUGUCUUCCGCGUCUUCGUCCUCGUCUUCCUCGUCGUCCUGGCAGCCGGCCGCCUCGACCACCUCAGACUCGAUUUACGCGAAUCUGGCAGCGGAGGAUGUUACAGGUGAGGUGCGCAGCUCGUUGGCACCCUCGAAACCCCAAAGAACCGCCAGCAUGAGGGACCAGGCGACCUCACAGCCGAUCCUCAAGAAACACGGGUCGUCCACGCCGGCCCUCAAUCAGGAUUACGACGGCGUCGCUGUCAACGCCGCGACGACAGCGUCUGAUUCACUGACGUCGAACGACAGUCAUGUUUACGAGUGCCUUUCCAGCUCGCCGGAGUGCGACUCGAGCCUCGAGCUACGACACGGGGUCGCGUCUCAUCUCAGCAGCAAGAGGAAAUCCGACAGCAACGCGAUGGAGGCCGGCGCUGAAUUCAAAUUUCACCAGCAGACGUUCGCCAGAUCGACCUCGCUCCCGUAUUGCGGCAGCGAGACCGAGAGCGAGCUGUACGCACCGUACGGUUUUUAUACGGGCGAUGAGGGCCCGGAGGAGGAUCAGGACUGGAAGAGCAAGGACGACGAAUUAAGGAUAAGCCGAUUGAGGCAACGCAGAGGUCGCAGCAUAGUUCAUCGGAGCCUCGAGGAUAAUUACGGGGCGGUGGUGGUCGCGAAUCAUGAAGCCCUUGCGCAGUUUCUCGAGCAGCUGAACCAGAGCCCGCAAGUGGCGGCGGGCCUGCGGGCCCUGAAAAACGCGAAUCCCCGUAUCAGCCACUUCAGCAUCGAUACGAGCACGUCGAUCACCGUCGGCAGAAGAAUAUUUUAUUCGGCGACGUGGAACGAGCUGAACGUCAGCCUGUGCGUCGCGUUCGAUCUGGCCACACACGUGUCGAGGAAGGAAUUUUAUUUGGCACCUAUAAUCGAGUUUAUAGACAGCGUACCGAAGGAAAUUACCGGCGGGACGUGUCUGCCGGGGAACAAGCAGCUCGAAGCGACGAUAUCCGUGCUGCCGCGGCUACAAGUGAGCACCAUACAGUCGUUCGGCUCGUCGACGAAGGACAUGCACGACGAGGGGACCGUCAGAGAAGCCUCGUUCGUAUUGCUACAGUUCGUCACCGCGCUGAAGAGCCUGCAAGCGCGCGGCAUCGAGGAGUCCGCGCGGAGCCUGAGCAACGUGGUCCUCUGCCGCGAGGACAAAGACGCCUAUUACAGGCUGUAUCUUCUGCAAGGGUUGAACGUAGACACGAACGAGGAGCGCGACGAGGAGAGGGUGUCGCUGUGCCGUUGCGCGCUGCUCGCGCUACAGCAGCUGAACUUAACGAGCAGGCUGCCUUUGAUUCAGGAAUUGCUGAUGAGGGAGAAAGCUGUCACCUUGUCCCAGGUGAAGUCAGUUCUCGAGUUCUCGCUAUGGGGGCCGGCGGACGUGACCCUGGGCGGGCCGCGCGAGAGGGAGGUCACCCUCCAAAGAUGGCUGGACCUGGAGAGGGCGAACGUUCUUCACGCGCUGGUCAGGACCAGGUCUUCCCUGACCGUCACGGACGAGUACCAGCUGUUGUUCCUCGUCCGGACCAGCGCGAAAAUUAUGGGCGAGGCGUCGUUGCUGUUGGACGAGCAACGGAGUCGACUGACCCGUGCCCGGUAAUCGAGAAACGAUACCGUGAAAAUCGUUCCGUGAACUGCGCCGGCAACUCGGUUACGGACACGUGUUAUUCGCGUCAUUAACUCCUCGAGCUGUAAUGCUUCGAACCCUUUGCGGACGAAUGUCGACGUUUCGAGAUGAAAUGUUCGGAUUUGGAAUACUAAGUCGCUGACGAGUGAUUUAAUUACUUUAAUUACUUUAGUUUUGUUGAAAUAGAAAAGCGUGGUUCAGUUUCCGAGUUAAAAAGAUGGCGAUAUUUUGAGAUGGAAUGUUCGGAUCUGGAACACCAAGUCGCUGACGAGUGAUUCAAUUACUUGAAUUAUUUUAGUUUUGUUGAAAUAGAAAAGCGUAGUUCAGUUUCUGAGUUAAAAAGAUGGCGAUAUUUUGAGAUGGAGUGUUCAUAUUUGGAAGGCUAAGUCGCAGACGAGUGAUUUAAUUAGUAGUCUCCUUUUUUUAUUGAUUAAGCGAUUGAUAGAUAAUUUAGCUUCUAUUGAAGGUUUCAUACAUUUCUAAAAUCCUUCGUCCGCAAAGGGUUAAUACUUGUAAUAAUUGUAAUGGAACGGUACCGUCAACAUUGCCGAUUCAUGACUUGUUUUAGAAUAGUUGAAUAAGGUGGAAUGUCCGUAGUAUUUAAAGAUUCAGUUGAGUUCUUCGUAUAUAUGCGAUUAUAUAUUGAAGAGCAAUCUUUGUAUAGUGUCCAUUCUGUAAAAACUACAUCGUUGCAAUCUCUUUUCAGAUGCUUUCUAGGUUAUCGGUCUGUCGGGCCGGUUCAAACGAUUAGCCCUUAGAUCGUCGGUUAUUUAUUUCCGAAUGUUUGUCACGUAUCGAUCGGAUAUGCGAUGAAAUAUUAUAUUCUGUUACCGAAAUUUCUGAAGAAUGUAAGCUGUACACUUUACCAUUUUUCUAUGAUUACACCUACUAACUCGAAAUAGUGUAUAAAGACUCUCUAACAUCGAUGAAGAUUCUCAUUUAAGAAUUCUUAUCAAACGAAUCGCACCAAAUCCUUCAAUCGCUGUAUAUACGUACCGUUACCUUUUUUUAACACUAAAACUACCAUUCCUGAUUUCGCCUUUUCGCAGUUAUUAACACUAGGUUUACGGGCAUUUAUUGUACACUUCAUAUUAUUCCUAAAAGAAUUGAUGCUCGUUUAUUUAGAUUGUGGAAACUGGAGAUUUGAUAGUAGGUAAUUGGGGUACAUGUCAGUGUGAUCGCAUCAAUCAAAAUUAAUCAAAACCUAGUGUUAAAAAGAUAUCAGCUGUUUCUCUAAGUAAUUAAUAAAGAAAUCGAUGUAGCAAUAAACUAAAUUGGUAAUCGAAGUCUUAACACUUAGGCGACCUAAGAAGAACUAUAACUACAACCUCCUUCGUUAUCUUAAAUUGAACUCAUUCAAUCAAUUAGAAACUGUGUUUCGUAAAAACAAGAACCGCAUUUGACUGCAAACAAUCCGACUUCAAGACUUACUGAACAACAAAAGAAAAGAUAAACAGAGUAAAAGGCAAUACGUUGCUAAGAAAGAACUAUAACUACAACCUUCUCCAUUAUCUUCAAUUAUACUCAUUCAAUUAAUUCAUUUGAAAACUAUGUUUUGUAAAAACAAGAACCGUAUUUGAUGAAUUGCAAAUAAUCCCACUUCAAGACUUACCAAACAACAAAACAAAAGAUAAACAGAAUAAAAGGCAACACGUUGCAAAGUGAAAAGUGGGAGACCUCCCAUCCGGUUGGCGAAGUGUUAAUCGACUCUCGGAGUUUGUACAAGGGAAUUUGGAAAAGUCGGUUCAAGUGCUCGGUAGUUUUAGUGUUAAUCGAUAUAUACAUACUGUAUCUAAAACUUUGAUAUUUAUUGCACACAGAUUUAUUUCCACGUGUCUCGGCGCGACCUAAAAACGAAAAUAUAGUUUCCUUUACGAGACCGACGUCGACGGUCCAUUGGUCGAGCCCGGUUAAUCGAGGCGCUAAUCAAUGUUUAUUAGCCGCGCGACCCGGAAUUGUAAAACUCGCCGUUUUAGAGCCGGCUAUCGAGACCGCGGCUCGUUUGUCGAAAUUGAACGACAGAUCGCGACAGUACGGGUCGCCGGAAAUUUAUUGGCCGUCGUAAACGGCGCGCCGGAUCACGUCGCUGCGGAUGGUGGAAAUUUAAGUACGUGCCAAUUUUGAAAUCAGCCGGCCGAUCGGUCGCGCCGACACGUUUUGUACAAUGUUUCACGUUCCCCCGUAAUCCUGUGCCCCGUUGACGUUGUUAAGAAUUUGUAUAAAUAAACCGUACCGUCAGAAACAGUUCGCCCGCGUUGUUUCCCUUGACAAAAUGGCGCCACGCGAAUCCACGACCACAGGUUCUACGAACAGUCCGCAUGGAGUGUCUGCAAAAAAAAAACAUCAAUGGAUCAAGCGUUUUUGUGCAGAAUAAUUCUACGUGGGAAAUAUAGAAUGAAAUUCUACUAUGUGCUUCUGUUUUUAUCUACGGAGUGUUCCAUCGAGUUCCGAUCUUUAACCCUUUGAACUUUGUAGACUCCAAUAUUGCACCAAGAAUAAUAUUAGAUAUUUUAAUGAAUCUUAAGCGAAACUACCCUAAGCUUAUUAGAUUUUCUAUUGUUAGUUA